CAAGUUUGAGAGGGAAACAGCCAGAGGGAAAACAGUCUCUCCAAAGGAGUAGUCAUUCGUUCCUUUCUUGUACCUUGAGAAGCUGUAGAUUUUCCCGGGCUCUAGAGACAGUUACUGCUGGAGAAAUGGCAUUACAAAUACACCCCAGCUCUGGAAGCAGCCAAGUCGCCCAUCCUCAGGAGCCUCAUCACUCCACUGAGAAACCAGUCAUCCACUGCCAUAAAUGUGGGGAACCAUGUAAAGGUGAAGUACUUCGAGUACAGGCCAGGCAUUUUCACAUCAAAUGUUUUACGUGCAAAGUAUGCGGGUGUGACUUGGCUCAAGGUGGCUUUUUUAUUAAGAAUGGGGAAUACCUCUGUACUGUGGAUUACCAACGGAUGUACGGAACCCGGUGCAAUGGCUGUGGAGAGUUUGUGGAGGGAGAAGUUGUGACAGCCCUUGGGAAGACCUAUCAUCCCAACUGCUUUGCCUGCACUGUGUGCAAACGUCCUUUCCCUCCAGGGGACCGGGUUACCUUUAAUGGAAGAGACUGUCUCUGUCAAAUGUGUGCUCAGCCAAUGUCAUCCAGUCCAAAAGAACUCUCCAAUUCCAGCAAUUGUGCAGGCUGUGGAAGAGAUAUAAAAAACGGACAAGCUUUACUAGCUUUGGAUAGACAGUGGCAUUUGGGAUGCUUCAAAUGUAAGGCCUGUGCAAAGGUGCUGACUGGAGAAUACAUCAGCAAAGAUGGUGCACCUUACUGUGAAAAGGACUAUCAGGUUCUCUUUGGUGUCAAAUGUGAAGCAUGCCACCAGUUCAUUACUGGGAAAGUCCUAGAGGCAGGUGAUAAGCAUUACCAUCCAAGCUGUGCACGAUGCAGCAGAUGCAGCCAGAUGUUCACAGAAGGAGAAGAAAUGUACCUGCAAGGUUCCACAGUUUGGCAUCCCGAUUGUAAACAGUCCACUAAGGGAGAAGAAAAGCUGCGGCAUUCCUCAUCUGAUUAUCUUUAUACAAAGAGUUUGGUACUUCGUAGACCACGCUAUUCAGAGCCAACAAGAACCUCUUCAGAAAGUAUUUAUUCCAAACCUGGCUCCAGUAUACCUGGCUCACCAGGGCACUCAAUCUAUGCAAAAGUAGACAAUGAGAUCCUUGAUUAUAAGGAUCUAGCAGCCAUUCCAAAAGUCAAGGCCAUUUAUGACAUUGAGCGUCCAGACCUAAUUACUUAUGAGCCCUUCUACACUUCCGCCUACGAGGAAAGACAGGAGAGGCAGAGUCUUGGAGAGACUCAGAGUUCCAGAUAUGGCAGUUCUCCUGUGCACGAUGAAAGUUCUCCAAGGACACUGUCUCCAACCCCAUCUGCAGAGGGUUAUCAAGAUCUUCGGGAGCGGAUGAUCCAUCGGUCCACCAGCCAGGGUUCCAUUGGUUCUCCUGUGUACAGCCGUCAUAGCUACACUCCCACAAUGUCACGUUCACCACAGCAUUUUCACAGACCUGGCAAUGAGCCGUCCAGCGGUCGGAACUCCCCUGCCCCUUACCGGCCAGACAGCCGCCCUCUAACACCAACUUACGCUCAGGCCCCUAAACAUUUCCAUGUUCCAGAUCAAGGCAUCAAUAUUUAUAGAAAACCACCUAUCUACAAACAACAUGAUGCAGCUGCUUUGGCAGCCCAGAACAAGUCCUCCGAUGAUAUCAUCAAGUCUUCCACGUUCCCAGCAGCCCACGCUCCAGCACCCAACGAGAUUCCAAAGAUUGAGACAGAAUACUGGCCAGGUCCUCCCUCACUUGCGGCUGUAGUAGGUUCUGACAUGAGACGCAGAUCAACUGGCAGAGAUGAAGAUCUUGAGGAACUACAGAGGCGUCGGCAACUACAGGAGGAACAACUGAUGAAGCUCAACUCAGGUCUGGGCCAAUUGAUAUUAAAAGAAGAGAUGGAAAAAGAAAGGCUAUCACUUUCCACCAGUCGUCAUGAUUCCCCAGUUAAUUCAGCCUCACAUGCCACUGCCUCUAAAACCUCUUCACUCCCUGGCUAUGGAAGAAAUGGACUUCAUCGGCCAGUGUCUACAGACUUUGGCCAGUAUAACAGUUAUGGAGAUGUGAGCAGUGCUGCUCGAGAUUUCCAGGUACAGUACGAAUUUUCUUCUAUCAAGUAAUGGAGAAUUUAAGCAAUUCCAUCAAAAAACCAACCACUGUUUUACUCAUCUCAAUUCCUGCUACAGGGAAGAUUUUAUUAAUACAUUUAUCUCAUGUUUUACUCUUAAUAAGUGGUGUAAACUUGUAUUGCUAUGGAAAAGGCACAGCUAGUGCAGUGUCUUGCACAAGUCAGUUAGUUGGCAAACU